AUGAAUCCCCUCUCCGGCAGGCAGCAGCGCCGGCUUCUGGAGGAGGCGGCCGCGCCGUGCCGCUCAUCAAGCUGGAGGACAUCAACGACGAAGAGUGGUAUCGGCCGCCGCCGUCGCCGCCACGCCUCAGCGACCCUGGCCGAGGGUUCUAGCCGAUGGGAGCAGUGCAGCAACCAGCAGGCGCCGCCCGAGGAUGACGGCGACUAUGACGACAACGACGGCGACGGCGACGACUACAUGGCGUUCUACCGCCAUUUCAUCAGUAAUGUUCCGUUUGAAUUUGACAUGUCGCCAGAUUUUCCUGAACUUGAUGCUGGGAAACUGGAUCACCCUAAACUGAAAUUUACAUCAUCAAGCUGGAUUUCUGUGUUGGGAGCCAACGGGUGGAGAUGCUCUAAACGUGCUGAAAUCUUCUCCGCUCCUCAACUGCGGUCACAGACGGGAAGCCACGAGGGCACGGCCCCGCCCAAUCCAUGGCGUGGCGUGGGCGCCGCCGUCGUCAACUCCGGAUCCUCGGAGCACCUUGCGAGCUGCGGGAACCAAGAAGCCAACCACUCCGAGAAGAAGCUCAGCUCAAAAGUGCUGGCCGGGGUGGGGAGCUUCCCCGCACGAAAUGAGCGGCGCAUUGCCCGGAGCACACCGGCCAAGGACCAAGCGGAGGGGGAGAAGAUGCUGCUAGCCGCGACCCAGGACGGCGGAGGGGGGAAGGGUUUGGGGGUUAGCCCGGUGGUGCUCUUCGUGCUGGUGGUACUGGCCGUGGUGGUCUUCGUCAUCGGCCUGCUGCAUCUCCUGGUCAAGUUCUUGCGGUGGCGCGCCCGUGCGCGCGCGGCGGCAGCGGAGGGUGGGGAUGUGGCUGGUGGCGGGGGUGAGGAGGAGGAGGAGUCGGCGCUGCAGCGGCAGCUGCAGCAGCUGUUCCACCUGCACGACUCCGGGCUGGACCAGGCAGUCAUCGACGCGCUGCCGGUGUUCCUCUACGCCGAGGUGGUGGUCGGCUCCGGCGCCAAGGAGCCGUUCGACUGCGCCGUCUGCCUGUGCGAGUUCGCCGGCGACGACCGCCUCCGGCUGCUGCCCCUGUGCGGCCACGCCUUCCACAUCGACUGCAUCGACACCUGGCUGCUCUCCAACUCCACGUGCCCGCUCUGCCGCCGCGCGCUCGCCGCCGACGACGCCGCCGCGCUCCUCCUCGACGCCGCGCUCGACGAGGACUGGAGAAGGCGGGAGGAGGACGCGGUGUUCCCCGUGCGCCUCGGCAAGUUCAAGAACACGUCCAGGGCGGCCGGCCCCGUCAGCGCCGCCGCUGGCGGCAUUGUGGAGGGCGACACGAGCAGCAGCAGCAGCAGCCUGGACGCCAGGAGGUGCUACUCCAUGGGCUCCUACCAGUACGUCCUCGCCGAGGCCAGCCUGCAGGUGUCCGUCCACCGGCGGAACGGCGACGGCACGAAUGGCGGAGCGGAGAGGAUGAGGGGGGCGAGAGGGGUCGUCGCCAGCGGCGCCAAUCCGGCCGGCGGCCAGGGGAAGAAGAUUAGCGCGGGAAGCAAAGGCGACAGCUUCUCGGUGUCCAAGAUCUGGCAGUGGCCGCGGAACGGCAAGGGGAAGCUCCCCGUGCUCGCCUCCGACGGCGACUCGCCGGCGGUGGACGGCGCGCUGCAGUGGCCAAGGAGAAGCGUUGGGGAAUCGUGA